AUGUCGGUGACGCCCCCGCCCUCGACGCCCCCACCGCCGGGAACGCCUGGCGGCACGCACAGCAGCCCGAGCAAGCAGAGCAGCAGCCGAUGGGGUACCAUUUCGGGCGGCGCUCUCCGCAGCCCACCUCCCGCGCCCUCCUCGGGUGCUUCCGUCCGCCGCAACCACACCAUCCACGGCGCCCGCCAGAACGACAAGCCCCGUCUCGAGAAGCACUUUGAGCAGCCGGAGAACUUCGAGCAGCUCUACGGCGCCGGACACGCGACGAGCUCGGCCGCCGGCCACUCUUCGCUGGGCAUCGAUGGGGACCAACGCGGAUCGUCGUCCUCGUCCUACGUCCACCAUCCCUCGAGCGACCCCCUUUCCUCACCUCCGAACAGCUCGGGCUUCGCCGACGAGCCCCUCACCGACCUGGCCCCCCUGCAGGCGCUCUACUCCAAGGCGAACGUCUCGCGCAACAACUCGCUGCCGACGCGGCAUUCCUCUCGACUGACCUCGCAUAUGCCGGCCAGCGCGACCCAGGGACGCUCGAGCCUCUUCAACAGCCUCUCGGCAAUCACAGGCGGGAGCGACCACGACGAGCACGACUGGGAAAAGAUGAUCCGCGCCGGCGGCGCCCUAGGAGAUGACUCCAAGGACUCGGAGGAGGAAACGCUAGACGCCCUCUGGACCGACACCCUCUUUAUGCACAAACGAUUCCCUUCGGCCGCCACCUCGAACCAACCACGCUCGCCCAUCGCACACAGCGAACACCUCUUCGAAGGCCACCACCGCAGCGGCAGCUCGAGCGCCAUGGAGGCGAUCGAACAGGGCUUUUCGGCAUCGUCACCUCUGGGCCCCGGCUUCGUCCGGAGGCACCAGUCCCUCAACCACCACCACGGCGGCCGCCGGCUGACGACACGGUCGUCGGAUCUGCUCCGACAGACUACAUCGACGGCUGCGCCUGCGCCGUCGACUUCGAUCUCUGCCGAGAUCGAGCAGGCCCUCAGCCCGCGCCAGCCCACACUCAGCAUGUCGGCGGCCAGCAGCCCGAUCGCGCCCAGCAGCUACUCCAAGACACCCUGGGGUCACACCGGCGGCCACACCAUCGGAUCGCCUUCGCGCUUCGCCAACAGCUUUCCAUCGCCUACCGAAGGCAGGAUGGCCGAUCAGCAGCGGGAGCAGCAGCAGCAGCGGGAUGCGUCAGCUCCGGUCCACGGGCGCGUCGCAUCCUCCUCGGACUCGCCAUCUGGCUCGCUGAUGGACAUCCACGCCAGUCUAGCCAAGCUCGACAUCCGAGGCUCGUUCCAGCCCAUCCCCAGCGACCCGGCCGACGCACACCACGGCCUGCCCGAGCGGCCGAGCCUGCAGUCGAGGAGCAGCUCCUCGGACAUCCAGAUGCAAGCCGGCCAACAACGCAAGCUCCCGUCCUUGAUCACGAACCGAGAUGUGCUGGCCAGGGGCGCCGGCGCGACGCCGGGACAGAUGGGCGGUCCGAUCUCGGCGGCCGCCUAUGUGCCCCCCAUCGGCCAUGCGCAUUCUCGCCAGCAGUCGCACGAGCCCGGCGCAGGCGGUCGGUUCGAGAACGGCCCUCCCCUGCGCCUCGGCCCGUUUACCGCGGCGCCGACGACGGGGUGGCAGGAAAAGGAGCAGCUCUUUGGCGGCGGCGGCGGCGGCGAAGGGCCGGCCGCGCCGUUCCGCGGCAACGACCAGUGGGGGCUCGGGCUGAGCGCCGGACCCCCCCUGGCGCCGCCGACGCCCGUCGACCCGACGACCCUGAUGCUGCAAAAGGGCUACAACCCGCCGCCCGGCACGUUUGACCUCUGCCCGCCCGCCGCGCGCUUCUUUGUCAUCAAGUCGUACACCGAGGACGACGUGCACAAGUCGCUCAAGUACGAGAUCUGGGCGAGCACGGACAAGGGCAACCAGCGCCUCGACAAGGCCUUCCGCGAGAGCGCCCACACCGGGCCCAUCUACCUCUUCUUUUCCGUCAACGCCUCGGGUCACUUUUGCGGCAUGGCCCAGAUGCUCACCCCGCUCGACUACACCACCAGCAGCAACGUGUGGGCGCAGGACGGCAAGUGGAAGGGCACGUUCAAGGUGCGCUGGAUCUACGUCAAGGACCUGCCCAACAACCAGCUCCGGCACAUCCGCCUCCACAACACGCCCGAGGUCAAGCCCGUGACCCAGAGCCGCGACACCCAGGAGCUCACCCCGGACGCCGGCAGAGAGGUGCUCAGGAUCAUGGCCGACUACCAGGCAAAGACGAGCCUCCUCCAGGACUUUGACUUUUACGAGGUCCAGAGCCAGCAGCAGGCCGCCUUCAAGGGCCAGCCCGCCGCCAAGCCCGCACCGCACAGGGGCGGCAGCGGCAGCGGGCCCGUCAUCGGCGAGCAGCAGCAGCAUCAGCAGCAGCAGCAGCAGCAGCCGAGGCGCAACAACGGCGCCAGCCCUAGUCCAGCAACGCCCUCGAGGCUCGCCAAAGCCCGUCCAGAGCACUCGCCGCGCGUCGACGUCGACGUCGCCCCCGGCCUUGGCCCUUCGCCCCUGUGA